AUGUUGCCCAGCGACGCAACCUCUAUCCAUUCGAUUACAGAAUGGCCUUCGCUUUCUCAGUCCUCCUCUAUCCGCACCGCCGACAGUUUCCCUUACGGGGCCCCUGCCCGAAUGGGCAACGAUACGGACUUACCAUGUUCCGUUCGAAGAACGCGAUGGGUUAGCCCUUGCUACGUUGUCCCGACCGCUUCAGACCCAACAGUUACCCGUCGAGCAUGGAUCAGUAGGCUACCGCUGACGGAACAGCGGGCUUUGUCCCCGCGAUGUUUUGCGGGUGAAGCAAUUCUUCGAGCGACUUCAUGUCGCACUUAUACCUAU